UUACGUUGAUGUUGUGCACUUAAUAAAGUCCAUGGGAACAAGGAAACGACUGAACGUUCCGCCGGAGGGUCGCUGUCACAUCUGUGCGACAACGUCAGCGCUACAUGGUUCAUAUCCCACUGUGUGUUCUUGACAAUAGCUGUGGUCCACCUGGCAUCAAGAAUCCAAAGAAAUGGCAGAGCAAGUCACAGAGCUCACCCAGCAGCAGGACCCAGAAGACAAAACACAGUCCACAAGUGUGGCCUGUUCCUCUACACACGAAGAGUUCGAUCAGACUGCUGCAUCCCAAGACACUGAGGAUGAAAACAACAGUGGGAAAAGCAACGAGGCGACUCUUGAUACAAAUGAUCAUCCGAAGUGUGAGUUUCAGUUUCAUGAAGGCAUGGCUAUGCCAAAGAAUGCACCCACGCUACAGACAGUGGACAAAGAGGGCAAAACGUUGGAUGAACUGAGAAAUAAUGAUAUUACCACUAGUAAUGCUUCUGAGGAGACAGAUCCAGACCUGGCGCCUCCAACCAAUAUGAUGUGUGAUGAGAACACACAAGCUGAAGAAAACCACACGGGUGAGAUCAAGGCAGAAGAACCUACCACAGAUGAUGACCACGUGGAUGGACCCAAACAUGAAGACACAAACACUGAGGCUGCAGGGGAUUCAGUUUUAUUAUCUGCACCCAAAAGCAGCGAAUCUGAAAGCGACAGUAGUGACAACAUGGACCAGGCCGGCGAUAAACGGAUUGAGAGAGAGGAACAGGUAAAACCAGUAGAAACCAUUGGUGCUACCUGUCAAGAGGCUACUGAACCUACAUUUCCAGAGGAUUCUGGAAUGUUUGCAGGAAGACAAAGAUACCUACAUUUAAUAGCAUUGACUAUAGUGGUCAUGCUUGCUGCCAUCCUGGUGCAGUAUGUGCGCCAACCCAAGUCUCCACCUCAGAUAAAUGAUGUGCGGCAUAUAGACAUUUUCCUCAGGCAGCUGGAAAAAGUAAAAACUCAAUUUCCCAACCAACGGUCUGAACUGUGGAACAGGUGCAGGAUCCACCUGAAGAGGCACCUGCUGACCGCUCAUCCCACAGAGCCGGUCAGUCUCAUCCUGACGGCGGGUUCCAAGGCUGAAAGGACGCUGGGCUGCUUGGCUCAGAGCCUGGCCUCUGCCUUCUCUGCUGCCCUCAAUGCCUCUGUCCUACACAUCGAUGGAGCCAGCAGAGCCAGCCAGGACAGUGACUCGGUCAAACUGGACAUUGACAAGUUGUUGCAGGGAGCUUUUGGGGGCGACAAACCUGUGGCCGUCAUCCAUCGCUUUGAAGAGCUGCCUCCAGGCUCCACACUUAUUUUCUAUCGCUACUGUGACCACGAGAAUGCCGCCUUCAAGAAGACUUUUCUGAUCUUCACGGUGCUUCUGGGGGAAGAAGAGUCACUUCCUGCCCAGAUUCGUUUGAGUGACGUGGAGGAGAUGGUGGACGACCACCUCCAAAAGAAAUUCCUGUCUCACGGUCACCCGGUAUCAUUUGACAGGAUGGAUCUGGACAAGUACGGUGGACUGUGGAGCCGUAUUUCUCACCUCAUCCUUCCGGUGGCGUCAGAGGACAGGGUUGAACGCGAUGGGUGUAAGGACACAUGAACAAUGUUUUUUAAAAUUUAUAUCAGCAAAAGCACUACUAUGAUCAGAAUUUUUUAAACACUGGUUUUUAAAGGCUGCUCAUUACACCUGAAGACACCAGCGAGACACCUGGCACCACAUCCAGGUUGAGCGGGACAUUUUAUGUAAAUGCAUUUGACAAAAAUACUGUUGCACUUUAUUUUAGUCUUUUAAUCAAAUGUAAUAAAUCUUAAUGAUCAAACUGGGGACUGUGAGGUUUAUAAUGUGUGUACAGUUUGACUUGUUCGGCACCAUGUGCCUUAGUUGAACUUCCUUCCUCCACUUGGUGUUUUCUAGAUAUAGACAUUAUGUUUGAGGGGGGGUGAGUACAAUCACAUGUGCCUUUAUUGUACCAAUAAAACCGUUUACGCUUG